AUGGCCACAGAUGCCAGCGACUGGCAGGAGGACAAGGCGUUUGAGGACGCGGACGGUGCAGGCAUCACGGCCGAGGUACAGGAAACGCAGCCGUCUCACGGAAAUUCCGAGGACGGUAAGGUGGAGCUGGCCGGGCUGCUGAGGCCGGACGGACAGAUGCAGGGCGACGGGAUCGGUGCCAACGGUACAGUGGUGGCUGGCAGCGGCGACAGGACGAGUGGCGAUGCGGAGGCGGGGCCGCCCAUAUACCGGGUGUACAGGCGGCGCUGGUUCGGGCUGAUACAGCUGACGCUGCUCAACAUUAUCGUGAGCUGGGAUUGGCUCACGUUCUCGCCUGUGGCGUCGGACGCAGCCACAUUCUUCCGCACGAGCGAGUCCAACAUCAAUUGGCUCAGCACAGCCUUUCUCUUUUCCUUUUGCGUCAUCACGCCACUGGUGAUCUAUACGCUGCACUUUGGUCCACGGCCGGCGAUGAUCGUGUCGGCCGUGCUCCUCCUGGUCGGCAACUGGAUCCGCUAUGCGGGCGCACGCAGCAGCCUGAGCGCCGAUGGCAACACGGGCGGCCACUUUGGCGUCGUGAUGCUAGGGCAGAUCCUGACGGGCCUGGCCCAGCCGUUUGUGCUGGCGGCUGCGGCACGCUAUUCGGACCUCUGGUUCACAAACCGCGGCCGCGUCACGGCCACGGCCCUGAUGAGCCUGGCCAACCCGUUGGGCGCCGCACUGGGCCAGUUGAUUGUGCCUUUCUGGGUCAACCGGUCACAUGACAUUCCUAACAUGGUGCUCUACGUGGCCAUUAUCUCGUCCAUCUGCUCGGUCCCAUCCUUCUUCGUGUACGACAAGCCGCCGACGCCGGUGGCUCCUUCAGCCGAGACGACCAAGGCCACAUUGCGCGAGUCUUUUUGGCUGCUGAGCCGUUCGGUCGAGUUCUGGCUCAUCUUCAUCCCGUUUGCCGUCUUUGUCGGCUUCUUCAACUCGGUCUCGUCGCUGCUCAACCAGAUCAUGGAACCGUACGGCUACUCGGACGACGCUUCGGGCAUCGCGGGUGCCGUGCUGAUCAUCGCCGGGCUCGUCUGUGCGGCCAUCACGUCGCCCAUCCUCGACCGAACCAAGAGCUUUCUGGCCACGAUCAAGAUUUGCGUGCCGGUCGUCGGGCUCUGUUACCUCGCCUUCAUCUGGAUGCCGCAAACCCACGACCAGGGCGGCCUUGCCGGACCCUAUGUCGUCCUGGCCGUUCUCGGCGCUGCUUGCUUCACGCUCGUUCCCGUCGCCAUCGAGAUGCUCGCCGAGCUGACACACCCGGUCAGCCCCGAGGUCACGUCGACGCUCUGCUGGAGCGGCGGCCAGCUGCUAGGCGGCAUCUUCGUCAUCGUCUCCGACGCCCUGCGCGACGGCGACGACGCCUCGCCACCACAGAACAUGAAGCGCGCCCUCAUCUUCACGGCCGUCAUCGCCAUGGCCGUCGUGCCGCUGCCCCUGUCUCUCGGCCUGUUCGGCCGCCAGGAUGCCGUGCUCCUGCGGCGUGUCCAAUCCGACGACAACGUGGCAGCCGUAAGAAGAGAGGGAGACAGCGUGCCUUGA